AUGUCUGAGGCAGGCCCAAGUAAUCGACCUUCAACGCCACCGCCACGCGGAGUGCCCAACACGAACCUGCAGCUCACACCUGAGCAAGUGAAGCGAGUGGAGCUAAACAGAUUACGGGCAAAGGCGAAACAACGCGAGAAGGAGACUUGUUCGACCUCCGUUUCUCUUCCCAAUGCGAACAACAAACGACCCCUGGCUGUUACUCCCGCGACGUCAAAUUCACCUACGCGUUCUGCACAAGACAAGGGGAAACUGCAGCGUGAUUCGAGACUGGGGAAGUACUUUGAUUAUGACUUGUCGAAGAUGGUCAAUACGAAGGGAGGGUUUCUGGUUGAGGAGGGGGACGAAGGUCUUGAUAGGCAGCGGGAGAUUGAGAUGUUGCGAGAGAAGCAGCGUGCUAAACAGAACGCGGAACCCUUAUACCAUAUGGAUCCGAGCAAGAAUCCGAAAUGCAAUGAAUGCAACUCCAUUGAUAUAGACCCAUCGUAUCGAGCGGUGUUCAAGAUAUUGGUGUGCAAGAAGUGCAAGGACGAGGUUCCGGAGAAGUAUAGCUUGCUAACCAAAACAGAGUGCAAAGAGGAUUAUCUCCUGACCGACUCAGAGCUCAAGGACGAGGAGAUCAUGCCGCACCUCCUUAAGGCGAACCCUCAUAAAUCGACCUACUCCAACAUGAUGCUUUUUUGUCGUAUGCAAGUGGAGAAGCUUGCCUGGGAGAAGUGGGGAUCACCCGAGGCGCUUGACGAAGAGUAUGCGAAGCGGACGGCACAGAAGAAGAAAAAGAAGCAGGAUAAGUUUGAACAGGGGUUGCGCGAGCUUCGCAAGCGCACACGCGAGGGUGUGUGGCAGAGGCGGCAGGACGCUGAGCACAAGCAUGUCUUCGGUCGACCCAAUCCUGGACCUGACGGCGUCGCGAAGCAGAUCUGUCAUGAAUGCGGCUUCACUAUGGAGGUGGAGAUAUUUUGA